AGCCCCUAAGUGAUACGGCACUUUCAUCCCUUCCUAGCACGGCUGAGGAGGGGCCGAGCUCCCGCCCUGUCCGUCAGGCCAGCAAUGCGGUGAUGCUUCCGGGGAAAGGGAAGGGCCCCGGUAGGACAGGACCCGGCUGGCUAAGCUGAAGGUUAUCCUGAGGAUAUAUAGACUUAGAGAAGGCUCUAAACCAUGGAUAGUGUCUGUGCAGCAAAUACCACUUUUGCACUCGACCUUUUAAGAAAGCUGUGUGAGAACAAAAGCAAGCAGAAUGUAUUCUUUUCUCCCUUUAGUAUUUCUUCUGCUUUGUCCAUGAUUUUGCUGGGUUCAAAAGGUAACACCAAAGCCCAGAUAGCAAAGGUGCUUUCUCUGAAGAAAGCUGAAGAUGCUCACAAUGAGUAUCCAUCACUUCUCUCUGAAAUUAAUGCUCAAAAUACCCAAUAUAUACUGAGGACUGCUAACCGCCUUUAUGGAGAAAAGACAUUUGAGUUUCUUUCUUCAUUUAUAGAGUCGAGUCAGAAGAUCUACCAGGCCGGACUAGAACAGACUGACUUCAUCAAUGCUCCAGAGGAUUCCAGAAAACAAAUCAAUGGCUGGGUAGAGGAAAGAACUGAAGGUAAAAUUCAGAAUCUGUUGGUGGAGGGGAUUAUCAAUUCUCUGACCAGACUUGUGUUGGUGAAUGCCAUCUAUUUCAAGGGCAAGUGGGAAAACCACUUUGACAAAGAGAGAACAACAGAAAGGCCUUUUAAAAUCAACAAGAAAGAGACCAAACCUGUGCAGAUGAUGUUCAAGAAGGAUAAAUUCAACAUGACCUAUAUUGGGGACUUCCAGACAAAAAUCCUUGAGCUCCCUUAUGUUGGUAAUGAACUCAGCAUGAUCAUCUUGCUCCCUGAUGCAAUCCAGGAUGAUUCCACGGGCUUGGAAAGUCUGCAAAGAGAACUGACGUAUGACAAGCUGAUGGAUUGGAUCAAUCCUGAAAUGAUGGACCUUACAGAGGUGAAGGUGUCUUUACCCAGAUUUAAACUAGAAGAAAACUAUGAUUUGAAACCCCUCCUGAGCAGCAUGGGAAUGCCUGAUGCUUUUGACUCUCAGAAGGCUGACUUCUCAGGAAUGUCAGCUGGCAAUGAGCUGUGGCUCUCUGAAGUAGUUCACAAGUCCUUUGUGGAAGUCAAUGAAGAAGGCACUGAAGCAGCAGCUGCCACAGCAGCAGUGAUGAUGUUGAGCUGUGCAAUGUUUGUUCCAGAGUUCACUGCUGAUCAUCCCUUCCUCUUCUUCAUCCGGCACAACAAAACUUCCAGCAUUGUGUUCUGUGGCAGGUACUGCUCUCCCUGAAGAGGAGAUGUUUGGCAGUAGAGCUGCCAACGUAGCAACAUUGAUUUUCUUUAGAAUAGGGCUACUCUUUUUGCACUGUCUCUCUUAACUGUGCCUGAGUCCACUUCUGUGGUCUUCAUCCAGGGCUUGAAUAAAAUAACACAGCCACUUGGACAUAGGCAGCAACUGCUGUUUACAGCAACACUCUUGCCCUGUGUGCCUCCAGUGCAGAAGCCUCAAACUUCUCGCUAACACAAGGAAUAUUAUUGGACUUCUCUUUUUGUAGCCACCAAGAAGCAGAUUGGAUUACAUCUCACUGGAAAGGAAGAAGUUAACUCUUUCCUUAUGAGGCUGGAGCACAUCUUUAGUCUCCUUCCCCCUGUUCCUUUUCCCCGCAACCUACCUUUGUCUUUUUCCCCUGACUCAUCCAUUUAAUGCCUUAAUACAUUCCUGAGAGCUGGUAGGAGUAUUUGGCAGCCUGUUCCAAGUCUUGCUAAGCGUCCUAAGUGGACAGGCUUUCUUGGAUAACUGCACAAUCACUUGGACAAUAUUGGUAAUGAAAGUAUGGCUUAGUACCAGUGACCUUAGAGGGUAUUCGAGUGGUGAUGAUUCUUUUUUUCACCACAGGACACCUGGGUUUGUUACCUGUCAUCUAGUUUAUUAGUCCUUUAACAAGGGGUGUAAUGAGAAAGCAUAUGGUGCCUAUGCAAUAUUUAAAUGAAAAUAAAGCUUUUAUUUUUUUCUAUUAUGUAUUUUUCCGAUUGAUAGCUUCUGAAGUGGUGUGGUUAAUACCAAAGACAUAGCUGAGUAGCUAUCCAAAUAAAGUGACUUGGUUUGCUGCUUCUUUACCUGAAAUAAUAAAAGAAUUCUAAAUGCUC